UAUAUAUAUACAAGACAAGAUAGGACAAGACAUUAAUUGUAAUUAACUCUUCAGCACAGCAGUUAAGUGAAAGCCAUUCCAGGAGACUCUACCUCAUAAAGCUGUUAUCUAAGCAAGAGGUGCUACUUUGAAUAAUCUAAAAUAUAAAGCAUAUUCCUAGUUUGUUUAACACUUUUCUUUACUAAAUAAUUCAUUUUUUGUUUAGUUUGAAUGACUUUAUUAUUAGUAUAUAAUGCAGAACAAAAAAAACUCACUGAAUUUGCGGGUUAUCCAAACGUUUGACUGGUACUGUACUAUAACUCAAAGCUGAAUCAGCGGAAAAAAUGAAACAAGAUCAGGCGAAAACAAAAGGCUGGGCUGUGGCGCCACCUGCAGUCUCAUUGGCUCGUCUUACAUUGGGGCUGUAGUAUCCUUCUCUUCUCUGUGUGUGUGUGUGUGUGCGUAUGUGUUUGCGCGCGCGCGUGUGUGAGUGUGUGUGUGUGCGCGCACGCGCGGGUGUGAUGUGAAGGAAACGAAACUAUAACUCAGGAACCUGAAACUCGCCUCUGACACAAUGGCAUUCGCUGUGGCAGCUUCCAGUAUCCAGGUCAGGACAGGGCGGUGGGCGGUGGGCAGCUCCUGGCUGUCUGUUCUCACAGUGCUGAUAUGUUUUGUUGUGUCGGCUGAACUGCAGAUGUCUAAACAACAGAGAAGCCCUUACAGUGAGAAAGUGCAAGAAUUUGAUGAUGAACUUCGGAUUCUGCUCAUUGGAAGGACCGGUGUGGGCAAGAGCGCAACAGGAAAUACCAUCUUGCGAAAAAAGGCAUUUGAAUCUGUUUGCUCCUCAGCCUCUGUCACCACACACUGUGAAAAAGUUCAUGGAAAUGUGAAUGGAAGGACAGUCUCUGUGAUUGACUCUCCUGGUCUGUUUGACACUAAUUUGAGUCCAGAUGAGGUGAUGAAACGAAUUAUGCUGUGCAUUCCACUGUCCUCUCCUGGUCCACAUGCCUUUGUAGUUGUGGUUACAUUAGGCAGAUUUACAGAGGAAGAUGAAAAAACAGUUGACCUAUUUCAAACCAUUUUUGGUAAAGAAUCCUCAGAAUACACUAUCAUCCUCUUUACUCACGGUGAUCAACUGAAGGGGAAAAGCAUUCAUCAGUUUGUACGUCAAAACCAGAAACUUAUGCAUUACAUCAGGAUGUACAGCGGACGAUACCACGUGUUCAAUAACGAAGACCAGGAUGAGCAGCAGGUCAUCCAGCUACUGGAGCAGAUCGAUAAGAUGGUAUCUGCAAAUGGGGGGAAACACUACACAUCUGAAAUGUUUCAUGAGAUUGAGAGAUUAAUAGAAGAAGAAAAACAGCGCAUCCUGAAAGAAAAUAAAGCUCAGAUACAGAAACAGAUAAAGAAGCUGAGGACUCAGCUAGACGGGAAAAGUGCAGAAACGGCAAUCCAAGUUUAUAUAAGGGACAAGGAACAAAAGGCAAGAUGGAUAGCUGAACGAGAAAUGUCACUGUUCGAGAAAAUCCUAAAAUAUCUUAAAUCAGUCUUUGAUAAAAUAUACAAUUUUACUUUAUAUGAGUAUAUUUUUAAAAGUUUCUAUACUCCAACCGUACCUCCAAUUAUCUUCAACUUCAGGAAAAACGAUCCCUGCGAUCCAGAGGGGCAUGUAAUAUGCCUGUAAAAGACUAUACAUUAACCAAUGUCAAUGUUAAGAAGACAGAAUAAAUAAAUAGAGACCUACUGCAUAAAGUAGAUGUAAAUGUGGAAAUAAGGUUCAGAGAGGAAAUUCUUUUUUCAAAUUUAACAUUAGCAUUUGAACUUAAAUUAAACGUCUACAGCAAGCUCCGUUUUGCUGUUACAUUGGUUUUGCUGUUACAUUGGUACUGCAAGGUAGUGGUCGAUGCAUGUUGUAUGACAGAGAUUUACAUAUAAUGUAUUUUACUUUCAUGUGUUCUUUUUUUCCCUAUUUAUUAUAUCACGUUUAAGAAAUCCAAUAAUAACCUUUUUUGCAUUUCUGGGCUUUGUACUAUAUAAUUAUUAAUUGUACUAGUAAUGACAAAACAUACAAACCUUAUUCUGGGAAUUUGCAAUGUUCCUUAUGCUUUAUUUAUUGUUGGUUGAUGCAAAAUUGAAGUUACUGCAGAUGCAGAUGCAUGAGACAAAACUCAAUUAUGCAAUCAGAAAUUGUUAUUGUUUACUGUAUUUCUGUUAGGAUAUGCACUUCAUUGCCAAAUGUCGUUAAACAUGGGACUACUACAUACCUGUCAUGUCUCCCGUUUUGGGACCCCUUGUUUCUGUCUUCCUCCUGAAUUGGUAUUUUCCUGUAAAUUUCCCGUAUUAUAUUAUUAUAAUAAAAAAAACAUUCCUGUGCCUCUGCAAACUGAAAUGCCACUAACCUUGCGAGAACUGCCACCUAGCUGUGCUCGCGAGGUUAGUUCCGACAGUGGGAACAACUCUGGAACAACAAAUCAGAGAGAUGGAUGGAUGCAAAGAGAGAAAGGGUAUCCAAAAAAGUGAAGACUUCAUGUAAAUAUCUAGAAAAGCAUUUUAUUUAAGCUGUAUUAUAAGAAUUAAAUAAGUAGGAAUGUUUACAGCAUUUUAAUGGCAACAAAGGUAGUUGUAAUUGUAGUUUGUAAUUGGUUCACUGGUGGUUAUUUUAGAUAUCUUGUAAACCUGUCUUAAAAUGUAGGAGAUACUGAACCUCGGUUAGUCUGGUGGAACGGCUCGAAGCGUGCGGAGGAAAAUUUCCUUUAUUUUAAAUCCAAAACUUGACAGGUAUGCUACUAUAAUGUCUCAUGAUUUUGCCAUGUCCACUGGAAGUUAAAGAACCCUAUAUUGACCUUUGGGACAUGCAUGUGGGGCCUCCUGCACUGAGUGUUGUUCACUUGCCCGUUUGCUCAGUCAUUUCUAGCCUGUGUCUAGCCAGAUACCACCAGUCAGGAUCAUUACUGUCCACUGUGCUGGUGCUGGCACCCACUAUCAGGCCAUGCUUGAAUUCACAACAUAAGGCCUCACAACGUAUGGAAACACUUCAAGAUUUGGUCAGGGUAAGGAACUGCUAUCACCCACGAUGUUUAGCAUGCAGUAUAAUGUAUUUGCCCUAUGAUUCUCAGCUCCUGUUAUGGAUAUUCUUGAUUGUACUUCACUAUGUAAUUUUGUAUUUUCUUUUGUUCGAUUAAAUAUUUAUGUGUGCAGGAAUAUUCCAGAGUUGGAUCCACUGUAUAAUUGUGGCAUAGAGCAUUUAAAAUAAAGAUAAAAAAUAUCAAAAUAAAAGAAUGCUAACAACACAUCAAAAAUUAAACCAUUCAUUUUAUGCUUUCUAUACUGUUUCUGUACUCUACUUUUUUUGUUCUGCCAUGAGAUAAAAAUAAAGACAUAAAAUGCCA